AAGUCGGUAGCAAGUGAAAACUAAAACACAGAUAUAUUAUAACAAGUCAAAAACUACUAAAACAGUUCGACCAAAACUCAAAACGAGUUCAUGAAUAAAUCUCAAGUGAGUUUCUGAUGAUAUAAUUGAAUUAAACUCACAAAGAUGAAUUACUGUGUUGUUCCUGAUUUCAAAAUGGAUGAUGAUUAUUAUGAUAUUCCUUCUGCUAUUUUCAACAAGAAAUCCACAAUAGCAGAUGAAGAAAUCAUGGAGCUAGUAUGGCAAAAUGGUGAAGUAAUUAUGCAAAGCCAAAAUCAAAGAUCUGUAAGGAAAUCUAACCUUUUUCCCGAGCAAUCAGCUGUAGAACAAACGGUAGCAGUUUCAGCUCCACUGUAUAUGCAAGAGGAUGAAAUGAACUCAUGGCUUCAAUCUCCACUUGAUGAUUCCUCCUUCGAUGAUUUUCUAAAUACUACACCGAGUUGUGACGCCGUGACCUCCGCCGCUGCACCGCAGGGAGAAAUUGGUACUUCGAAGGUGGAGAUCCGUCCGCCUCUGGUUCCGCCGUGUUCACGGCCGAUUAGAUGUACAGAGGGUGAAUUACCACAUCGAUUACAGAAUUUUGGGCAUUUUUCACGGUUGUCUGGUGAAGCGAUUUUACGAAAUGGUACUACAUCGAGUUCCGGUCACUCAGUUAGGGCAUCGACGAUUGUGGAUUCAAACGAGACUCCGGUAGCAGCACGCGUAUCAGAAAAUGUAACACCAGUUACCGCCAUGAAUGUCAGAGGAAGAGAACUGACGGCGACAACAAGCGGCGGUAGGGAGGUGACGAUGGCAUGCGAGUUGGCAUUGACAGCAUCUACAAGUGGCUCGGGAGGUAGUGUAAGCGCCAGAGCAGAACCGCCACAGCCGUCGCAUAUGGAGGCGGAUACGGCGGUGGAUGAUCGGAAACGGAAAAGUAGAGAAUCGGACGACAAUGAAGGUCAGAGUGAGGAUGUUGAAUAUGAGUUUGCUGAUGCAAGGAAGCAAGUAAGAAGUUCUACAUCGGCAAAGAAAUCUCGCGCAGCAGAGGUCCAUAAUCUUUCUGAAAGGAAACGCCGAGACAGAAUAAAUGAGAAGAUGAAGGCUCUACAAGAACUCAUACCUCGCUGCAAUAAGUCAGACAAAGCUUCAAUGCUGGAUGAAGCAAUUGAGUACCUUAAAUCAUUGCAAUUGCAAGUACAGAUGAUGGCCACGGGAUGCAGCAUGGUCCCUAUGAUGUAUCCUGGAAUCCCGCAAUACAUGCCAACUAUGGGAAUGAAUAUGAGCAUGGGGAUGGAUAUGAAAAUGGGCAGGAACCGGCCAAUAAUUUCAUAUCCGCCGCUAAUGCCAGGUACAGCAAUGCAGAAUGCAGCUGCAGCAGCACAAAUGGCUCCUCAAUAUCCUCUUCCGGCAUAUCACUUGCCACCCUUUCCUGCACCUGAUCCAUCCAGAAUCCCAGUUGCGAACCACCCAGAUCAUCCAAGGCUAAACUCACAUGUUGGACAUAAUAUUAGUCAGCCAAGACUUCCGAAUUUUAGUGAUCCAUACUAUCAAUAUUUUGGUCUACAGCAAGCACAACUGAUGUUACCCCAGAAUCAGGAAGUGGAACAGCUGAGCAGCAGUAAACUUAACAGCUGCAUAGAAGGAAGUGCAGGGAAUCAUCAAUCUGGUUGAUUACAACGAGAGCUUUCUCGCGAUCAAAUUUUGGUAGUGUAAGAGAAACAAGAAAUAAGAGUGGAGUCUACACUGGCUGACUACUAGUCUACUACAGUAUAUAACAUAACUAAUUUGUAGUUAUUAUGAUAGAACUAGUAUUGAUUCCUAUUUGAUAUCUCUUCAUAAUCCUCUCCUAAAGAGAACUGGUAUUCUGUUGAAACGUGUCACCAUCUCAUCUAAAAACUUGUACAGUUGGGAAGAA